AUGCCGAGAAACACAAAGAUCCCUAGAACUCGCUGGUCAGAUUCAGAGAAACGUCGGCUUCUCAAUUACCGGGAUAGUCAUCCUGACUUGCCUUGGGAUCAAAUCAAGCUGGCUUUCCCAGGCCGCAGUGGGACUGCUCUCUGCAAGCAGUACUCUGACCUGAAAAUUGGACGUGAGAAGGACGCGCAGAAAAAGGCGAACAAUGGUAAUAAAGCGAAUGAGGAAAUGGCGAACAAUCAGAAUAAAGUGACCAACACUACCCAGCUCAGUAAAGAAAACAAACGUCCGAUGGACCUCGAAGGAGACGACGAGAUGCUCCCCAGAAAGCAGCCGAGGACUGGGGAUGUCGCAGCGGACGCUGAUGAUGACCCAGAUUUCGAUCCUAGCGAGGAUAGUGACUCAGACGGGGGCGACAUUGACCCUAGAGGUGACAUUGGCCGCUCGCCUACUGCUCGUCAGCUUCGUAAUACACCUCGCAAGCAGCUGAAAGAUAUUGUCGUGGGCUCGGCUUCUGGCCUCAAGCGCCCAUCCAAGAUUACAAAGCUCCAAUUCACUGGUCAACCUGGUGCACGCGAUUCAUUCAGCACAACGCCCGCUAGCCCUGACCCUCGCACACAGCAGAACGCGAAAACAUCUACCAAAAUUACUAAAUCUGCAUCUGCCUCGUCUCGCCCAACACUUUCAGGUUCUCACUCUCCUGAGAAAGCAGCAGAAACGAACAAACCUUACGCAACCUCUGGAAUAGCGUCACCGGUGCAGAGAGCUCGUCCAAGUUUAUCUCCUGCAACCAGUCGUCAUUCUGCACAGAAUCAACAACCUACUGCCAACGAACAUUCGCCAUCAAAACCUGAACAGGAAAUGGCUCCUCGUCCUCCCUCUCCUCCCCCCUCUGCAACCACUGCUCUUAUGGAAGCUGGAAACAACGGAUACCCAUCCAUGCAGCACGGUGCACACCUGCUUUUCCAGGCAGCCAUCGCCAUGAGAGAUUUCCCGAGAGAGCGUGCCCGUACCGCGCAGUUGGAAGAGAACAAUGACAAUCUUAUGAUGGAGUUACUGAAGCUGAAGGAGAAGGAAGUCAAAUGGAAACAAGAGAUUGGAGAGCUCAAAGUCAACAACAGAAACCUCGAAGGCGACCUCAAGAAACAAACCGAUCAAGUCAAGAAGCUCGAGGCUGGACUGAAGGAGAUGAGCGAGAAGAAUCAGAGUGCUCUCGAUUCCGCCAAUGGAGCCACCAAUACCAAAUGCGAGCACUGCCUUGAGCAUGUCACCCGCCUCAACGCUCUAACCGAAGAGAAUAAAAAAAUCAAGCAGAGAUGCAAGCUUUUGGCUGAAGCAUUCGCGGCUGGCAAUGAUCAAGCCUGA